AUGUUUGUCCACUAUGACGGACCAUCGAGCAAGAGGAGCACAAAGACGCGGAGAGCCGUCAACGCGUUCAAAGCGGCGAGGGGGGCUUCUCGCUCCCACGGUACACAUGACCCGGCGAGAGGGACCUUUCAGUGGAUGCAUAUCCCCGAGGAUGAGUCGACAGGCGGGAAGGAUGCCUCGUCACCAACAAACGCCCCUCACUCCGCUCAGUCGCAGUCACAGGCGCUUGUUAGGCCAGCGGCAGCGGCGCCGCUGACAAAAUAUCUGCUGGGAAGCGACAAGUUCUACCCCAUCCUGGAGAAGCGUGGAAAGGGCCCUCUGACAGCAGCGGCACUGAGCCACUAUUUCGAUAUCCUCCUUCCGCAUGAUGCGAACGCGCUCGGCCUCGGCGAUGCACGCAAGACGACGUAUGGAGCCGGACUCCUCAACUGGUUAGCCAACAAUGACGGAGUUCUUCACGGAUUGGCUGCCUUUGCUCUCUGUAGUAUGGACAUUGUUGGAAAGACAGACGAGAUCUAUCGAGCGAUUCUCCACCACCGCCAGAAGACCCUAGAAGACGUCCACCGGCGCUUGGAGCGGAACCAAGUGGAUGAUGUUCUCAUUCAAGCGAUAUGCUUGUUGAUUCCGAUAGACGAUUAUCUGGGGUACGUCGAGUAUGGGCCUGUGCACCAGAAAGGAAUGUCGGAUGUCAUUCGGGCCCGUGGUGGUUUCGACAAGGUGGGCAGUUCAGACGUCGUCGCGUAUGGGGAGAAUCUGCAAAGAAGCAUCCUCACAGUAAUGAGCAUGAUUGAGUUUCAUAUUCGGACCAGAAUCACAUCCGAGCCUUCGCACGUCCGACACUCAAUACCGCUUUCACGAACCUGUCGCUGGAAACGCAGCAGCAGAUUUCGGCUCUGCCACCCGGAUUGCAGGACCUCUUCCACGCAGGCAUCCUUUCCUUGCCCGUCUUGCCAAUUUUGA